UAAAGUUUAAACCUUUAACCUCCUCCUAGUCUGUAGCCUGAAAACCUAAGAUAUUUUUAGUUUAGCACCAUUAUUGAUCUAAGCUACAGAAAAAUAUACGGUCCGCCCAUAAUCUCCCACCGCCCAUCACCCUUAAAAUUGUUAUCAAAAUUCAUAUGCAUUCACCAUAACUUUAUUUUAACUGAUAAAAUAUACAAUCCUAAAUAUAAUGAAUUAUAUUACUAUCUAGUAUCUAUAUUUUAUGACUUGUGUACAUAGUACAAUACUGAAUACAGUGAUCCCAGUAUUGUCUUCAACCUGCUGACGAUAUUAAAAAAAAUCUAAAAAAACACUUGCAUGCAGAACACGUAACAUAUUUUUUGUGUUUAUAACUUUAUUCAAAUUUAAUUACAAUUUGAAGUUCGUAGUGCAUUGGAAUACUUUGAAAUCAUCCAAUUUUAAUGAUGGAGCCUCGGUAUAAUACCAAAAGUACAGCUGUAAAACGUUUGAUGAGAGAAGCUAUAGAGCUCUCAGAAUCUACAGAAGAAUAUAGUGCCCAUCCAUUAGAAGACAAUUUGUUUGAAUGGCACUUCACCAUGAGAGGACCACCAUCUUCAGAAUUUGAAGGGGGAGUCUAUCAUGGCCGUAUAUUGUUACCAUCCGAGUAUCCUAUGAAACCGCCUAAUAUUAUACUACUAACUCCUAAUGGAAGAUGGGAAACCAACAAAAAAAUAUGUUUGAGCAUAUCAAGUCAUCAUCCGGAAACUUGGCAACCAUCUUGGUCAAUCAGAACAGCUCUUUUAGCGUUAAUUGCAUUUAUGACCACCAAUGGACAAGGUACAAUAGGAUCGCUUGAAUACACUUCCGAAGAACGUCAGACCUUAGCCAAAAAAUCUAAAAAUUGGGAAUGUGAAAAAUGUGGCCAAAUAUCUAAUUUAUUGGAUGCAAAAAAAGCUAAACCAUUAACAAAAGAAGAAAGCGAGCUCAUUAAUAGUAUGACAUUAAAGGGAGAAGACAAUGAACAAGUAUCUCAGGCGUCUAAUAAUGUAAAUGAAGUUACAGAAACUAGUGAAGAGCCUGUUGUAACUAGUAAUUUGUCGUUCAAUCUUCUUAAAGAUGCAUUAUGUUCUGAUAUUGGGAUUUAUCUUAUCUAUUUAAUAAUUGCACUCAUAAGUAUUUUAGUAGCUCGGCGUUUUUACAGCGCAUAAAUUGUUCAAACCUAUAAAUUUAAAUACUUCCAAAAAUUGUUUUAUAUAAAAAAAAAAACAUUCAAAGUUCGAGUUCUUAAUUGUAGUCUAUUUACUAUGUAUAUUGUAAUGCAAAAAUAUUUAUGUGUUAAAUUUUUCAUUCACUAAACUAUAAACAUAGAUAUUUAUUCACUUUACAUAUUAUAAUACUUUAAGCUAUAUUGUAGAAAUAGGGUUUGAAAAUGGCAUUAUAAAAUGUUUUAUGACGAAGGUUUUUCCUUCUCAUCAUUUUCUUGUAACUUUUUUUCAAACUUUUCAAACUCUGCCUUAGUGCGUAUUUCAAUUUCGUCUUCAACUUGUUCAACUGCUAUUACCUAAAACCACACAUUCAUAAAACCUUACUUACAUGUCAAAUUUUCUUUUACAAUUACAUUUGAAUAAGAAAUUCAAUUUUACUUCAAAAACAGUAAAUUUAAUCUCCAUUUAAAUGUCUCUGAUAAAACAAUAAUUACUUACCUCAGGGAUAUAAAACUGUAACAUAUUUUGAACUCCAUUUUUCAAAGUAACAACUGAGCUAGGACAACUGGUACAAGAACCUUGUAAUUUUAAUUUUACAAUUCCUGCAUCAUAACC